CAAACGAGUUUGAGCUGCAAAGAUACGGGAGGCUUCGAGCGGCCCCUUGAACCUUUUUACCGCGUGUAUACAAAGUUACCGAAUCGUUACAAUCGUUGGAACAAUGUCGGACGUGGGAUCUGAGGAUUUUGAUGACGAGCAAGGCAACAUUGGAGAAUAUGACGGUGACCGAAACGAAGCAGGAGAAAGACACGGGGUUGGGAAAGCGGUGCUACCAAACGGAGACACUUAUCAAGGACAGUAUGAGAACGGUAAAAGGAGUGGCCAGGGCACAUACCGGUUUAAAAAUGGGGCCCGUUAUGUCGGUGAAUACUACAUGAACCGGAAACACGGCCAGGGAACCUUCUACUACCCCGACGGAUCCAAGUAUGAAGGCGGCUGGGUUGAGGACCAGCGGCAAGGCCACGGCAUUUACACGUACGCCAACGGAGACACAUACGAUGGAGAGUGGAUGCGUCACUUGAGGCAUGGGCAAGGCGUGUACACCUACCAUGAUACAGACUCCAAGUAUGUGGGCACCUGGGUCAUGGGAAAAAUGGAGUCUUCCGGCGAGUUCAUCCACCUCAACCAUAAAUACCAGGGCAACUUCCUUAACAACAACCCCUCUGGUCCUGGAAAGUAUGUGUUUGACAUUGGCUGUGAGCAGCACGGGGAGUUUAUCCAGCUGGAUCAGGAUUCAGGGGAUGGCGAUGAGGAGGAACCCAUCAGCACCACGGUUGUGAAGUGGCAGCCCAUGUUGAUAACCGGCAUCACGCUGCUGGGACCUGCCAAAGACCAGAAGCACUCCUCACCAGACCCUGGGAAGGUGGAGGAGGGUGAAAAGGUAGAGGCAGUGGACCCUGAGGAAAAAACUCUUACAGAGGAGCAGACUGCGAGAGCGAAGACUCCCACAACCCCAGAGACUGGCACAAACAAACAACUUGAGCUGGAGGACAAGCAGGAUUGAGAGUCCAGACACGUGACAAACAGAGACACCGUCAACUAAUUGUACUUCAGUGCUUUCGUAAUAAAAUA